AAAGUAAGACCUCCAAAUCUUAUCAGUCCCAGAACACAUUAUGCAAAAAGCAGAGAGUUGGACCUUACAUACUUCGCCACCUCCAGAGGAAACUAUUCAAUUUGUUGAAGGAGUUCUCAUCAAGCAAGAGGUUGAUAGCAAUGCCGUUCAUUACCUGUCACCCAUGAAUGAAUUCAUUCCGUCAGUCAUAGAAGUUCUCAUCAAGGAAGAACCAGAGGCCUUUUCAACCGUUGGAGAGGAAAUUAAUCAGUUAGCCCUCAAAACCAACAUCAAGCAAGAAUUUACAGAAGAAAGUGAAGAGGAAGGUGUUCCAUCAAGUCUAGAAGGUAGAAUCAAUCAUGAAGUGGAUAGUACAACCCAUAAUCCUGUGUCAAGUACUGAUGGAGACGAGGAAUCUGAACAACCUACAUCAGAAGGUGAUAUUGUUGACAACGGACAAGAGACGGUAGAACGUGGAACGUCAAUCAACAGUGGAGGUAAAUCUCAUCUUUCUUCACAUUGCGGCAAGGUGUUUUCCACAAAAGAUCAACUCGACAUUCAUCUGAGGAUACAUUUUGGAGAAAAGCUACAUCAAUGUCCAUGUUGCAGUAAGAGAUCAUGUCAGGCCAUUCAUCCCCUUCUCCACUUGAAAUCACAUGCAGGAGAAAAGCCAUAUGAAUGUUGCUAUUGUAAGAAAGGAUUUUUACGGAAAAAUGAUCUCAAUCGUCAUAUACUAACACAUACAGGAGAAAAGCCAUAUGAAUGUUGCUAUUGUAAGAAAGGAUUCUCUCAGAAAAGUGUACUCAAUCGUCAUAAACUAAUACAUACAGGAGAAAAGCCAUAUGAAUGUUGCUAUUGUAAGAAAGGAUUUUCUCGGAAAAGUACACUCAAUUGUCAUAUACUAGCACAUACAGGAGAAAAGCCAUAUGAAUGUUACUAUUGUAAGAAAGGAUUUCCUAAGAAAAGUGCACUCAAUUCUCAUAUACUAACACACACAGGAGAAAAGCCGUAUAAAUGUUCACAUUGUAAGAAAAAGUUUUCUAACAAAGGAAAUCUCAACCAAUACCUCCUAACACACACAGGAGAAAAGCCAUAUGAAUGUUGCUAUUGUGAGAAAAGAUUUUCUCAGAAGAGCGUACUCAAUUGUCAUCUACUAGCACACAGAGGAGAAAAGCCAUAUGAAUGUUGCUAUUGUAAGAAAAGAUUUUCUAAGAAAAAUAAUCUUAAAUGUCAUCUCAGAACACAUACAGGAGAAAAGCCAUAUGAAUGUUCACACUGUAAUAGAAGGUUUACUCGGAAAAGCCAUCUCGCCCAGCACCUCCUAACACACACAGGAGAAAAGCCAUAUGAAUGUUCACACUGUAAGAAAGGAUUUUCUGAGAAAAGAAGUCUCACCCAGCACCUCCUAACACACACAGGAGAAAAGCCGUAUAUAUGUUGCUAUUGUAAGAGAGGAUUUUCACGGAAAAGUGCACUCAAUCAACAUAUACUAAUACAUACAGGAGAAAAGCCACAUGAAUGUUCUUACUGUAAGAAAGGAUUCUCUCGGAAAAGCCUCCUCAAUUGUCAUCUACUAACACAUGCAGGAGAAAAGCCAUAUGAAUGUUGCUAUUGUAAGAAAGGAUUUUUACGGAAAUAUGAUCUCAAUCGUCAUAUACUAACACAUACAGGAGAAAAGCCAUAUGAAUGUUGCUAUUGUAAGAAAGGAUUCUCUCAGAAAAGUGUACUCAAUCGUCAUAAACUAAUACAUACAGGAGAAAAGCCAUAUGAAUGUUGCUAUUGUAAGAAAGGAUUUUCACAAAAAAAUGAACUCAAUCUUCAUCUCCGAACACACACAGGAGUAAAGCCAUAUGAAUGUUGCUAUUGUAAGAAAGGAUUCUCUCAGAAAAGUGUACUCAAUCAACAUAUACUAAUACAUACAGGAGAAAAGCCAUAUGAAUGUUGCUAUUGUAAGAAAGGAUUUUCACAGAAAAGUGUACUCAAUCGUCAUAAACUAUCACAUACAGGAGAAAAGCCCCAUGAAUGUUCGCACUGUAAUAAAGGGUUUUCUGAGAAAAGAAGUCUCACCCAACACCUCCUAACACACACAGGAGAAAAGCCAUAUGAAUGUUCAAACUGUAAGAAAGGGUUUUCUGAGAAAAUAAGUCUCACCCAACACCUCCUAACACACACAGGAGAAAAGCCAUAUGAAUGUUCAUACUGCAAGAAAAGGUUUUCUAAGAAAAGCAAUCUCACCCAACACCUCCUAACACACACUGGAGAAAAGCCAUAUGAAUGUUCACACUGCACGAAAAGGUUUUCUCUGAAAAGUACUCUUAAACGUCAUCUCCGAACACACACAGGAGAAAAGCCAUAUGAAUGCUCAAACUGUAAGAAAGGGUUUUCUCAGAAAAGAAGUAUCACCCAACACCUCCUAACACACACAGGAGAAAAGCCAUAUGAAUGUUCAAACUGUAAGAAAGGGUUUUCUGAGAAAAUAAGUCUCACCCAACACCUCCUAACACACAGAGGAGAAAAGCCAUAUGAAUGUUCAUACUGCAAGAAAAGGUUUUCUAAGAAAAGCAAUCUCACCCAACACCUCCUAACACACACUGGAGAAAAGCCAUAUGAAUGUUCACACUGCACGAAAAGGUUUUCUCUGAAAAGUACUCUUAAACGUCAUCUCCGAACACACACAGGAGAAAAGCCAUAUGAAUGUUCAAACUGUAAGAAAGGGUUUUCUCAGAAAAGAAGUAUCACCCAACACCUCCUAACACACACAGGAGAAAAGCCAUAUGAAUGUUCACACUGCAAGAAAAUGUUUUCUCUGAAAAGUACUCUUACCUGACACCUACAAACACACACAGGAGAAAAGCCAUAUGAAUGUUCACACUGCACGAAAAGGUUUUCUCUGAAAAGUACUCUUAAACGUCAUCUCCGAACACACACAGGAGAAAAGCCAUAUGAAUGUUCAAACUGUAAGAAAGGGUUUUCUGAGAAAAGAAGUAUCACCCAACACCUAACACACACAGGAGAAAAGCCAUAUGAAUGUUCACACUGCAAUAAAGGGUAUUCUCAGAAAAUAAGUCUCACCGACACCUUCUAACACAAACAGGAGAAAAGCCAUAUGAAUGUUGCUAUUGUAAGAAAGGAUUUUCUCUGAAAAAUAAU